AUGGAUGAUAUUUACAAUAUGCGCAAUGAUGAUGUAAAUAGAAAUGUAAGUAAUUAUAUCAUGUGCAAUGACGAAGGUCUGGAGUAUGAUGAGAUGAGCAAAAGGGGGCGAAUGCAUAAUGAGGAUAUGAAUUUCAAUAACAAUUCUGGGGAAAUGACAAUGGAUUAUAUCGAUCAUAUUGAAAGCAUGUCAAUGAUGACAUUAGAAGAAGAAUACACACAUUGUGAUAUUUUAACAGAAGAAAAUGAAUUAUCAGAAAAUGACGGAAUAAAUGAUGUCGAUGGUGAUGAUAACGUUGAAAAUUUGAUAGAUUCGAGUGAAAUGGCAAAUAAUGAUACAAUUUCAGAUGAUUAUGAUAACGAAUAUUAUAAUAAUCAUAUAAUAGAUAAUGAUAAUGAUACAGUAUUUGAAAGAUUAGAUGAUAAUAAUAUAAAUAUUUUUGAUUUAUGGACAAAAUUAAAAGAAAAUUUGUUAUUAACAUAUGCAAGCAAUAGGACUAAAUAUAGUGUUAUAGAGAAUAAAUGCAUACAUAUUAUAUAUAGUUAUUUUCGGAAUUUUGAAAGAAAAAAGUAUAUGAAAUUUAGGGAUAAAAUGUGGAAAAUAUGUGAAACGAUUGUAAAGGAUUAUAAUAUGGAAAAAGAAAUUAUAAUGAAAGAGUGGGACAUGCUUACCACAUGUAUAUUGAGCUAUUUAUUGGAAAGGAAUAGAAAUUAUUACAAUGAUUUGUUUAAUUUAAUAAAGUGUUAUGGGGGAUGUGUAUGCUGUAAAAUAAAGUUUAUUGAGCAUAUAGAGAAUAAAAUAUUAGAAUGGCGCUAUGAUACUAGCGAUUUUAUGUUUAAAAGAUGGGAAAAUGUAUUCGUGAUGAAACUAAUGAAAUAUGCAAACUAA